AUGUUUGUCCAACCAAUCAAAAAAUUCAUAUUUCCUAUAUUUCUUAAAACCAGCAGAUUUGCUCAAAAUAGAAAAUGUCAUAGCAUUUUUGGUAUUCAGGAUUUAACUCGCCAAGAGAAGCCAGAAAACUUUUCGAUAACGGCGGUAAGCAGCGCGGAACACGAGAAAGCAGUGGAAAUUCUUAAGCAACAUUUCCUUAUCGAGCAUGUACUGGUGCGUGCUCGUGGGAUGAAUCUUAGCAAUGACCGCGCCAUUGACGAGUACUUCAUUAGUUUGCUUCGACAAGGAAACUCUUUAUUUGUGAAGACUGAAGAUAAUCAAGUAGCUGGUCUUUGCGUAAGCUACGCCAGUAGUCCUCUGGACCCUAGACAACUUCGCAACUAUGCUUUUCACCGGCAGGAUCCGAACACAAAGGACUUCUUAUACUUUACAGCGAAGUUGCAAGAGACGCCAAAUUUAUGGGAAGUGUAUAAACAACCUAAAAUAUAUGAGAUCAAAAUGCUUACGAUUAUACCCGAGUAUCGACGACAAGGCCUGGCCGUAAUGCUUGUCGACAAAUCGAAGGCACAGGCAUUCGAUCAAGGGUACAAAGUGAUACGGAUGGAUUGCAUCAAUCAGUACGAUUACAAGGUGGCUGAAAGAUGCAUGAUGAACUGUCUGACCAAGUUUCCACUGCACAAAUUGCGAAGUGCAAACGCGCCCUACAUCAAGCGCAGCUCGGAGCACAACAGAUUUGUACGGGUUUACGUCGAGGCGAGGGUGCAGGGCGAUGAACCAGACCGGGUACGAUUGAGACAACGCCAUGACUUCGAGAGCUUCAUCGAAUGA